AUGAAUUACACGUGGGCUUUCAUAACCAGUUGGUUCACACCCGCCUAUCUCUUCCUCCCCCUCAACCUCAUCAUAGCCACCAUCUUUCUCAGAUACCGAUUCGGCUCUCAGAGAAGACCAGAACAGCAGCAACUCGGUCCAGUCCCGUCCGUUCUCGAACGAGUCAGGUCCAUCAACUUCUCCCUCUACAAGUUCAAGCAACCCAACGAAGACCCAAUCGCCGAUCAGUUUCUCCUGCCCACGGGUCCUAAGCACGUCAACACCCCGUAUCCCGUUCCGGAUCAUCCUCCGACCCAAAUCGCCCGGUCUACUUCCGGCCUGUUGGAACGCCUCAAGUCCAUCAACCUCUCCUCUCUCUACCGAUCCGACUCGUCCACCAGGGAAAUCGAAUUUCAUCACCCUACGGAUCUGACCACGGACGCAGACCAUUUGGUGAGGCGGAGCAAGUCGGACAAGGGCGUCGUCGGAGCUCCGGAAAGGCCGGUGGAGAAGAUAAAGAAGUCUGCGAGUGAGAAAUUGGCGGUGGGGAGCUCCGAAGAGAAGGAGACGGCGUCGUUGGAGGAUGACGAAGAGGUGGACGUGAAGGCCGAUGAUUUUAUUUUAAGGUUUAAGCAGCAGCUGCGGCUGCAGCGGCUCGACUCUCUUCUUCGUUACAGGGACUUGCUUAAGAGGAAUUAA